UGCAAACCCUCCUAUUCCGACCUUCCCAAAUUCCCCAACCAUGGCGGCUGUAGCUGUUACACGCCGCAGGCUCUCGGCGCUCCUCCUCUCCCCCCGUGCGAUACCCCGUCGCUUCCUCCUCCUCGCCGGCGCCGCUGCCUCCGCGUCCUCCGCCCACCCCUCUCCGUGGGCGCCGCCGUCGCGAGGGGCGAAGACGGCGUUGCCGGGAAGGCCCGGCCAUUCUCCGCUUAACGACCCGUCCCCGAACUGGAGCAACCGGCCGCCCAAGGAGACCAUCCUGCUGGAUGGCUGCGACUACGAGCACUGGCUCAUAGUCAUGGAGUUCCCCGCCGACCCAAAGCCCUCCGAGGAAGAUAUGGUGGCCGCCUACGUCAAGACCCUCACCGCCGUGCUCGGAAGUGAGGAGGAGGCAAAGAAGAAGAUCUACUCAGUAUGCACUACAACUUACACAGGGUUUGGUGCGUUGAUUUCGGAGGAGCUAUCGUACAGAGUUAAAGGAUUGCCGGGAGUUCUUUGGGUAUUACCUGAUUCAUAUUUGGAUGUGCCUAACAAGGAUUAUGGAGGUGAUCUCUUUGUAGAUGGCAAAGUCAUUCAUAGGCCACAAUUUCAGUUCACCGAGAGGCAGCAGGUAAGGAGUAGGCCUCGCCCCCGCUAUGAUAGGCGACGAGAGACUAUGCAGGUUGAGCGAAGAGAAAGUAUGCAGAGAGGUCCUUCAAUACAAGAGCACAGACCUCCAUUUUCUCAGCAGGUUGCUCACAAUAAUGAGCAGCAUGAAAUCAUACCGCCAAGAAGGAGCUAACUUCAUUCUACCUUAGUAUGGAUAAUGAGGUUGGGAGUUACCCUUCUCUUUUCCUUAUUUCUAUGUUGAAUAUACUGAACUUUGUUUUGCAUUGUAGCAACAAAAAAUGAGAGGGACCUGUGGUUGGAGUUA